CGGGGACAGGCCGCCCUCGCCCCUGCGGGCCUCGCUUCCGAGUGUCUCCCGCGUCCCGAGGCCCCGCGCACGUCCCGGGCGAGAAGCCCUCGCGGCCCCGCAGGCCCCUCAUCCGAAGGCCCCUUUACCAGAGCAGCUACUUUAAGGACCUGCCCCAACCCCUCACAGCCUGGGAGGCCGCACUCAACGGGAUGACGUUUUACAGGGAGCUGCAGGUCGAGGAGGGGAACUGGACUGGGGACUACGCAGGCCCCCACUUCCUCACUACGGGCUUGCUGAUCGCGUGCCAUGUGGCGGGCAUCCAGCUGCCCGCCGGCUACAGGGAGGAGAUGAUGCGGUACCUGCGCUCGGUGCAGCUCCCGGACGGCGGCUGGGGCCUGCACAUCGAGGACGAGUCCAAGGUAUUUGGGACCAUGAUGAACUACGUGGGUCUGCGGCUUCUGGGCGUGGGGCCUGACGACCCUGACCUGAUCCGCGCCCGGAACUUCCUCCACAAGAGAGGCGGCGCUUUGUUCACGCCCUCCUGGGGCAAGUUCUGGCUGGCCAUCCUGAACGUCUACAGCUGGGAGGGUCUCAACUCCCUGGUCCCGGAAAUGUGGCUGGCCCCUGAGUGGGUCCCCGGGCACCCCUCCACGCUUUGGUGCCACUGCCGGCAGGUCUACCUGCCCAUGAGCUACUGCUUCGCCACCCGGCUGACGGCGAAGGAGGACGAGCUGAUCCGGAGUCUCCGCCAGGAGCUGUACGUGCAGGACUACGCCAGCAUCGACUGGCCGGCCCACAGGAGCAGCGUGGCCCCCGGGGACUUGUACACGCCGCACAGCUGGCUGCUCAGAGUCGUGUUGGCCUUCUUCAACCUGUACGAGCGCUACCACAGCGUCAGCCUGCGGCACCGGGCUAUCCAGAGGAUGUACGAGCACAUCCAGGCCGACGACCGCUUCACCCAGUGCCUCAGCAUCGGCCCGAUCUCCAAGGUGAUCAACAUGCUGGUACGCUGGCACGUGGACGGGCCGGCCUCCCCCGCCUUCCAGAUGCACGUCUUCAGGAUACAGGAAUACCUCUGGCUGGGCCUGGAUGGCAUGAAGAUGCAGGGCACCAACGGCUCCCAGCUCUGGGACACAGCAUUCGCCAUCCAGGCCAUGCUGGAGGCAGGGGCACAGUCCCGGCCCGAGCUCUCGUCCUGCCUGCAGAAGGCCCACCACUACCUGCGCAUCAGCCAGAUCCCAGACAACCCCCCUGACUACCAGAAGUACUACCGCCAGAUGAACAAGGGCGGCUUCCCCUUCAGCACACGGGACUGUAACUGGAUCGUCGCCGACUGCACCGGGGAGGCCCUGACGUCCGUCCUCCUCCUGCAGCGAGAGUGUCCCUUCAUCACUGAGCACAUCCCCCCAGAGCGGCUCUAUGACGCUGUCGCUGUGCUGCUGAACAUGAGGAACCGUGACGGAGGCUUUGCCACGUACGAGACCACACGCGGGUCCCACCUGCUGGAGCUGCUCAACUCCUCGGAGGUCUUCGGGGACAUCAUGAUCGACUACACCUACGUGGAGUGCACCUCCUCGGUGAUGCGCGCACUGCACGAGUUCCACCAGGACUUCCCCGACCACAGGGCCGGCGAGAUCAGGGACACCCUCCAGAAGGGCCUCGAGUUCUGUCGGCGGAAGCAAAGGGCUGAUGGCUCCUGGGAGGGCUCCUGGGGCGUUUGCUUCACCUACGGCACCUGGUUCGGGCUGGAAGCUUUCGCCUGCAUGGGCCAGACCUACCAGGAUGGGGCCGCCUGUGCCGAGGUCACCCAGGCCUGUGACUUCCUGCUGUCCCGGCAGAUGGACGACGGGGGCUGGGGGGAGGACUUCGAGUCCUGUGAGCAGCGGCGCUACGUGCAGAGCGCCCGGUCCCAGAUCCACUGCACCUGCUGGGCCCUGAUGGGGCUGAUGGCUGUCAGGAGAACAGCUCCGGGGUCUUCAACAAGUCCAGCGCCAUCACCUACACGAACUACAGGAACAUCUUCCCCAUCUGGACCCUCGGCCGCUUCUCCCGCCUCUACCCCGAGAGCCCCCUGGCUGGCCGCCCUUGAGGCCCAGUGGGUGCCGUGGGGAGGGGCUGGUGGGCAGCGGCUGUCAUGGGUAGGCAGUUCCGGGCGGGGGGUGUCUCUGCGGCCGAGGGUGCCGGGUGCUGCCUGCUUAGUUCUGAGAGCAGGGGCCCUCCUGACCCGUCACUGGCCGCUCAGGGGGCGGCCUGGUCGGCUUUGGGCCUGGUGCUGUGGAGGAACCUUCUCUGGGCUGGGUUCCCUGUGCCUGUCUGCGUCUCUGGCCCACUGGACGCAGAGCCCCCGAGGCGAGGGUGCGGCCUGUGCGCUGGGCGGGCGCGGGGGCGGGCGUCCCGGCCUCGGAGGACAGGCUGCUUCUGUCUCCCCCACUGCUCCCCUCAGCAGUGUCUUCGGUCCGCGUGCUUGUUCUGUUCUCCGUUCUGUCUCUGGCGAAUCCUCUCACCGCCUGUACCCCAGUUCUUGUAUAAGCAAAUCUUUAAAAAAAAAAGGAAGCUAAAGGGCUGAGUCGUCCUCCGAGGUUUUGGGGAGAGCAAGGACACCAGCCACAGUCGGGGCGGGCGCGCCUGGCCUCGUGGCCCCCGCAGGGCCUGCAGCCCCAUCCACGGCAGCCGGGCCACACCCGGGGCUGACAUGUGGGCCCUUCCCCUCACUCCGGGCUCACGGCCACUCGCCGGGCGGGAGAUGGGCCUCCGGGGUGUGGCGGUGCCGACCAGGCCGACGUCAGCGACAGCCUGGAGAAGCCCAGAUGUGUGGGGACAGCCAGGCCCUCCGAGUGGCCUUAGGGGGAGUGUUCACAUGCGGAAAGACAAGGGGCGUUGCAAAUAAAGUCUUAAGUCACCACCCGGAGUGUCUGCCUAAGAAUCU